AACCAUAAUGGACCCAAUGGGCUGAAUGACUUCCCCCAUGACAUAAUAAGUAAGUGAACUAUUGGGCUGUUAUCAAUGGAAAUGGGGAGAAUGGAACAAGGCCUGAAAGAUGUGGUUACUGUUUACCUUCACAGUGCAAAGCGGAAGAAGCGUUUUCACUGUAUCUCAGUACAGUUGGACCAUGAUGAUUCAGCGCGAUGAUUGGAGGAGGGAGAUGUCGGUCAGAGGCGGAAGUAGGGGGUGGGACUGAGAUGAUUGGAGGAGGGAGAUGUCCAUGGAGCAAAGAUCAUGGAGCGGAGCUUGAAUUGGCCCAUUCGCUGGGCCUUUCAUCGCCCCACACGGCCGGCAGUGGAAUCUUCCACCGCCCCGCGGUCAAAUUGCUGCGUUGAGGCGAUCGAGGCUCCCGAUGUUGAAGUCCCUGCGAACAGGCCGAUUGAAGCCCCACGAUUCGGGGCGGUCAAAGCUGCUGUUGCUGGAGUUCGGAGUCGGUCACCAACCAGGUCAGCUCCAGAUGUUGCCGUCCACAGGGCCCAUGGCCGAAAGCCGUGUGCGUGUGUGCGCAUGCACGCACGGCCGCCAAGAAAUUGUGUCCCCCACAUUUUUUGAGAGCGAUUUCCGUGCCUGGAGGCAUUGAAGAGGGUGCAGUGGAGAGUUGCCAGAAUGUUGCCUGAUUAGGUUUCAGCUGCAAGGCGAGGUUGGAUAAAGUUGGAUUGUUUUCUCUGGAACAUUGGAGGUUGAGUGGCGACUUGGUAGAAGUAUAUAAAAUUCUGAGAAGCAUAGAUAGGGUAGACAGUCAGAAACUUUUUCCCAGGGUGGAAAUGUCCAACACUAGAAGGCGUAGCUGUAAAGGAAUAGGGUGAAAGUUGAGAUCUGUGGGGCAAGUUUAUUUACACAGAGAGUAAUGGGUGCCAGGAACGCAUUGCCAGAGGUAGUGGUAGAGGUGAUAUGAUAGUGGUUUUUGAGGGGCUUUUAGAUAAGCAUAUGAAAGUGCAAGAAAUAUUGGGAUUUAGAUCAGAUUAAUAUGCACGGUGACUUAGUCAUAUGGAUUCAGAACCGGCUUAUUCAUAGAAGAUAGAUAUUCUGGCAUGUAGAAUAUGUAGAGGCAGAUGAAAUCAGUUUAACUUAGCAUAAUGUUUGGCACAAACAUUGUGGGCUGAAAGGCCCGUUCCUAUACUAUAAUGUUCUAUGUUCUAUAAUAGGCUGUUUCCAUCAGCAGAAAGUUAGAAACCUGGUGGUGCAUAUAUGGAACCAGCUGCCAGAGAAAGUGUUUGGAGACUGGUACAAUUGCAGUGUUUAAAAGCCAUUUGAACACAUAAAUAGAUAGGAAAGGUUUGGAGGGAUAUGGGACAAAUGGUGUCAAAUGGGACUAGCUCUGGUCGGCAUUUUGGUUAGCAGUUGGGACGGUUAUUUUUCCGUGCAAAAUUGCUGUAUGACUUUCAAACAUCCAAGAUGGAGGAAGUGGAAUGUGAAGGGGAAGGUUGGCAGCUGUGAAUGGCCCACAAACUCACUUCCCAGGCCUUUGGAAUGCAUCCUAAGAUCCGUUAUCAACUAUGAGAAGUGGGGCAUGGCGGCCCUGGCACAGGCAAUGGAGGGGUGGAUGCUGGAGGUGAUGGAUCGUGGUGUUGGUAGAGGCGGCCACGGGGGGCCUUGCAGCAGGCAGCUGGGUAAGUAGAUCAAGUGCAGACUAUGGCAGCUGCACGGAACGGCGAUAGAAGGCAUCGCACUGCGCCAUGCUGACCUCUACUUUAUCGAUCCACUGCCACCAAAACACAAAAUCAGAAAAAAAAAUCCACGUUGGCUUUGGCUAAGAUGGGACAUUUCAGAAACUUGGAAGUUUCUAGAUGGCGCCGGAAUGUGGCGGUUUUCUACGUGCUGUUCCAGAAGAGGAUCUAUUGUACUUGUGUGUGGGGUAUGAUUUGACAGGAUAGCAUGCAGAAGAAGCAUUUCACUGUAUCUUCGUAUACGUGAUAAUAAUAUUAAACUAAACGAUAACCAAAGGACAAAGUGCUGGAGGAAUUCAGCGGGUCAGGCAGCAUCUGAGUACGGAAUGGGCAGCGGGUAUUUCGAGUCGGGAUCCUUCUUUAGACGGAUGAAAUUAAUGUAAACUAGACUUUAUAUGUUCUGAAUUACAGAAGCUUAAGCUGAUGUGAAUACAAAGGAAAAUUGAUAAUCCCCCAACCGCCUGCACCUACAGGUUUUGGGAGGUGAGUGGAGUGGAUUUAAUGUGGGGGAAACAUUCAAUCACCUGUACUCAUUGACUGAACUGCAGCCCAUGCAGGGCUGUGGACUUGCUGUCAAUGGGCCUGUCUCUCUUGGAUUAAAGCCCAAAGUAUGUCACACACAAUACCCAUUCAAUGCAGCUUUAAACUUGAAUGUCAUUUGCUGAGGCAGACUGGGCCUCUUUCAGUUCUUUGGAUAGGGAGAAAAAAUGUGAUGCUUAUCUCUCUUCACCCUCCCAUUCUUCACCAGUGCACUCUGUGCAACGGGUCUCUCUAGCUGUUGUAGAGCAGCAGCCCGCAGGAUUUGAGGCUUUGUCUUUUACUCUCUGCAUUGUUUCUUGAUCGAUGGCCCGAGGGAGGAUCGGCUUUGUUUUUUAACCCAGUUCCGCAGGUGUGACGUUGUUGGGGACCCAUCCUAUCAGCAGCGACCGGCAUGGAUUUAUGCCAAGGGUGCUGUGGUCUUUGAAGAUACUGUAAAGUGCUGCCUGGGAUCACGCUGCUCCCUGAACAAGGGUGCUUUUGGAAUAACUGGGAGAGAUCGGAGUGAACUUGUUUCAUGGGAGCCAUGCCUCACACAGCCUCGGGAUACUUCUGCGACCGUCUCGUGCGCGAGAGGCAGAGGCGGGACGGGGAAGGGUCGUUCCACAAUCCCCUCAAAUAUUUUGAGCAGAACUUCGUGAAGAUGAAGCUGGACUGCCUGCACAGAAAGACCUUGUUUGAAGAUGGGACGUUCCCAGCCACAACUGAGGCCCUUGGGUACAAAGAACUGGGGCAGAAGUCCAGCAAGGUGAAGAACAUUCUGUGGAAAAGGCCCAAGGAAAUCUGUGAGAAUCCAAAGUUCAUCAUUGGUGGAGCCUCAAGAACUGAUAUCUGUCAAGGAGAUUUGGGUGACUGCUGGUUCCUGGCUGCCAUCGCUUGUCUAACCCUAAAUGAGAAGCUUCUCUACCGGGUCAUCCCCAAGGAUCAAUACUUUACUGAGAACUAUGCUGGGAUCUUCCAUUUCCAGUUCUGGCGUUUUGGUGACUGGGUGGAUGUUGUCAUUGACGAUCGAAUCCCGACGUUCAACAACCAGCUGGUGUUCACCAAGUCGGCCGAGCGGAACGAGUUCUGGAGUGCCCUGCUGGAGAAGGCCUAUGCCAAGCUGCAUGGAUCCUACGAAGCCUUGAAAGGAGGCAACACCACAGAAGCCAUGGAGGAUUUCACUGGUGGAGUCACUGAAUUCUUUGAGGUGAAAGGUGCCCCCAAGGACAUGUACAAGAUAAUGAAAAAGGCUGCAGAGAGAGGCUCUCUCAUGGCGUGCUCCAUUGAUUCAUACGUACCCCUGCAGUUUGAAACACGGACAACCAGCGGCCUGGUCAAAGGCCAUGCCUACUCUGUGACCAGUUUGGAUGAGGUCACGUAUCGAAACCAGAAGAUAAAGUUGUUACGUUUGAGGAAUCCAUGGGGUUCGGUUGAGUGGAACGGGGCCUGGAGUGAUAAGGCUCGGGAGUGGUCUGAGAUUGAGAAAUCACAAAAACAGCGGCUGCAUCAUCUAAUGAAAGACGACGGAGAGUUCUGGAUGUCCUUUGAUGAUUUCAAGAGGAACUACACAAAGCUGGAGAUUUGUAACCUGACGCCGGACGCACUGGACGAUGACAAGCUCCAUAAGUGGACAGUCUCCAUCAAUGAAGGACGGUGGGUAAGAGGCUGUUCCGCUGGAGGCUGCCGGAACUAUCCAGACACGUUCUGGACAAAUCCGCAGUACCGGCUGAAACUAUUUGAGGAGGACGAUGAUCCGGAUGACAAUGAACUCCUCUGCACGUUUGUAGUUGCUCUGAUGCAAAAGAACCGCCGUAAGGAGCGCAAGAUUGGCGUCAGCUUUCACACCAUUGGAUUUGCAAUCUACGAGGUGCCAAAGGAGAUGUACGGCAAUAAGCAACAUCUUCCCAAAGAUUUCUUCCUCUACCAGGCCUCCAGAAGCAGGUCAAAGUCAUACAUUAACCUGCGGGAGGUAUCAGAGCGCUUCAGGCUACCCCCGGGUGAAUAUGUGAUCGUCCCUUCCACGUACGAACCGCACCAGGAGGGCGAGUUUGUCCUCAGGGUCUUCUCGGAGAAACAGAACCUGUCAGAGGAAACUGAGAACCAGAUCAUAGCCAACAACCCUAAGCCAAUCAUCUUUGUUUCUGAUAGAGCUAAGGGCACUGGAGACUUGCAGAAGGAAGAGAGGGAGAAAAGAAUGGAAAUCAAGAAAAAGAUCAAGCCCUCACCAACAACAGCUGGAGAGGAGAAUGAGGAAGAUCUACAUUUCAGCCGUAUUUUCAAACAGCUUGCUGGAGACGACAUGCAGAUCUCUGCAGCUGAACUGAUGAGCAUCCUCAACCGCAUUGUUAAAAAACACAAUGUUAAAACUGAAGGGUUUGCUCGGGAGUCUUGUCGCAGUAUGGUUGCCCUCAUGGAUACAGAUGGAUCUGGGAAGCUUAACCUGGUGGAGUUUAAGCGUCUAUGGAACAAGAUUAAGCAAUGGCAGACAAUUUUUCAGGAAUAUGACAAGGACAAUUCUGGAGUGAUUGAUAGCUAUGAAAUGCGCAGUGCUGUGAAUGAUGCAGGCUUCCGUCUGAACGGCCAGUUGUACGAUCUCAUCUCCAUGCGCUACGCUGAUGUGAACAUGAACCUGGAUUUUGACAGCUUCAUCUGCUGCUUCGUGAGGCUGGAGGGGAUGUUCAGAGCCUUCAAGGCAUUCGACAAAGAUGGGGAUGGAAUUAUUAAACUGAAUGUCCUGGAGUGGCUGCAGCUUACCAUAUAUGCCUAAAGGUCACAGGAUUCGAGGGUCUGUCAAAUACCUCAAACUCAACAUGCGAACCUCAACAGCACCAUACAGCAAGCCAAACUCCUCGAUUCAGUGAUGUUUGGAAUAAUAAAGAGAAGGACUUUGCGGCAUGAAACUGUCAGAUCAGCGUGUGUGUGUGUGUGUGUGUGUGAACCUCUAGGAAUUGGAGCACCUGAAACCAAUUUAAGGAUUUCUUUAUUGAUCUUGAUUAAGUUUUCCAAUAACUCCCUGACCCUAGUGUCUUAUGGCCAGUAGGUAGUGGCCUGAUAAUAAGUAAAACAUCCCAGAUUUGGUUGGGAUGAGUUAGUGGAUCUCACAAGCAGUCGAAUCACUGGAACAGUACUCAGCAUGCCAGGACUAAGGACAGGGAUUAUCAAUCAUGGUUUUCCUUGUUGUAGUGAUUCAAAUGGAGUAGUAGUAUGUGGAAAAUAUCCAGGCUUUUAUUAACAUUUCUGUUCUGCUAUUCUUUAUUGUAAUUGCCAUGGUGAUAACUAAAAUGAUUAGAGGUUUUGGCAUUUAAAACAUCUCUGUACAUUGCUACUGGAGCCGACAUUAUAGAAUGUUAUUGGACAGUUAGUGAUUCCAGUGGUUCUUAUUUUGUCUUUAAUUUCCAGAAGACAUUAUUUCUUUGCGGGAGACACAUGAGACCGCAGCUGGAAUCUUGAGCAAAGAAAUAGUUGUGAAGGAACUCAGCAGGUCAGGCAGCAUCUGUGGAGGGAAAUGGUCUCAGGCAGCAUCUGAGUCAGGACCCUUCUUCAGAGCAGGGAGGAGAAAACAAGAAAAGAGAGAUGGGGGAGGGGGCAAAGUAUUGCAAGUGGUGGGUGGAACAGUUGAUGAUG